AUGGAUUCUUCGAGUAAAUCUGCGUCCGCGAACCAAAAUAGAACUCGGGAAGUUUCUUACAAUCCAUGGAACUUAUUAUUCAAAUCGAGAAAACGCACCGAAAGUGGAAGCAGCACAAGUUCUACUAACUCACAAAAUUGUCAAUCAGGUCCCCCAUUUGGAGGCUUCCAAAAGCCGUUAAGUAAAAACAACGAAGAGUAUCUAUACAUGAUAUGGCGAUCAAGACCACCAAUGGCCGCAAUGACGACGGAGUUCCACAGAAAA